AUGCAGGCUGAGGGUGGAGGCGCAGGCCGCGUGGCCGAACAUGGGGCAGGCCAGGCCAGCCUGCAAGGCUCCGGCAGCCAACAUGGCCCCGGAGGCCACGAGGACCCCGGAAGAGGCGGCAGCGGGGAGGUCGGUCCCUCAGACAGUCUGGCGACAGAGAUUGCGCUGGCACUUGUCACCCCCGAGCUGGGCGCCGAUGCCUGGCAGCGGCCAGAUGGACACGACGAGCCCACAGCCGCAAGCUACCUCAUGGUGCCCUUCCCGUCGUCCAUGGAGGCGGACAUGGCCAGCCGGCUGCUGCUGCCUCACGUCCAGGCCCAGGAAGGGGUGGGCUUGAAGGAGCUCACGGUGUCUGACAACCGGCUCACUGUCCGGCUGACUGGCGAAGACCCUUUCGAAAUCCGAAGUCACAUCACCUCCUGUCUCGACCAGCUGUCCCUGAUGGCAGUGCCCGCAGUGCUUCCUUCCCUGGAGAGUGGCUUCCGACAGAAGUUGCCACUUUAUUCUGGGGCCUAA